AUGAGGGUGAUUAUUAUUACUUCAUGGGGACACAAAUUUUGCGUAGAAGUGAGUCUCAAAGAACCCGUUGUUGAAAUCAAAAGAAAGAUAGAACAAAUCUUGGGUGCCCCAGUGGCUUCACAAAUCCUUGUAGUCUGUGACUGGGAGUUAUUAGAUGGACUAGACAUGGAAGAUUAUCCAAUUAUCACUGAAGGUACAAACAUUCACCUCACCAUCAAAUGGAUGGGGCCUCCUUUAAAUUCAUACCAUUCUAGUAAAAUUCAAAUUACCAUAAAGUUUUCAGCAAGGCAACUUCACGUAGAGGUGGAUAGAUCCGAAACCGUGCGUAGCCUUAAAGAAAAAUUACACAUCAUGGAUGGUACCCCCAUCAAAAGAAUGUCACUCUUCUUUUCUGGGAUUGAGCUACACGAAGAUUUUCGCAAUUUAAGCGAGUACGGCAUACGUGAAUUUUCCGAAAUCAUUGUGUUCCUCAAGGGCAUGAGUCGUGUAAGGGAUGAGCUUCCCGUGAGAAGGUUGAGUGUAGUGGUACAAACUUCUUCGAGUUUACUUAAUGCUGCCAUGAUUCCAUUGGAAAUGAAGGACUCAAGCACAGUUAAUGACCUGAGGCAAUUGCUUUUGAGCAGUAAAACUCUGCCAAUUGAUGAGUAUUUGUUCAUACACAAGCAGAGGAUCAUGAGGGACAAUUGCAGCCUCAGAUGGCAUGGUGUUGAUGAUGGAGAUUUGUUAUAUGUAUUUAAAGGCGCUGUUUGUCGCAGUGGAUAUUGA